GGCCGAGAGGCGGCAGCGAGGGCGACCGAGCAAGAGGCAGGAGAGGGCAAGAAGCAUCCCCGGCCGCCUGCCUGCGCUCCCGCCCGCCCGCCCAGCAGUGUCCACGGCCGUCCACCUUCCUCAGCAACCAUGUCCGUGGCGGGCUUGAAGAAGCAGUUCCACAAAGCGACGCAGAAAGUGAGUGAAAAAGUUGGUGGAGCGGAAGGAACUAAGCUAGAUGAAGACUUCAAAGAAAUGGAAAGGAAAGUGGAUGUCACCAGUAGGGCCGUGAUGGAAAUAAUGACGAAGACAAUUGAAUAUCUUCAACCCAAUCCGGCCUCCAGAGCCAAACUCAGCAUGCUCAACACCAUGUCUAAAAUUAGAGGCCAAGAAAAAGGACCCGGUUAUCCUCAGGCUGAAGCCCUGCUUGCAGAUGCCAUGCUAAAAUUUGGGAGAGAACUCGGAGAAGAGUGCAAUUUUGGCCCAGCUUUAGGUGAUGUUGGAGAAGCAAUGAGGGAGCUGUCUGAGGUGAAGGAUGCUUUGGAUAUUAAUGUGAAGCAGAAUUUCAUUGAUCCAUUGCAAAAUCUCCAUGACAAAGAUCUGAGGGAAAUACAGCACCAUCUUAAAAAAAUGGAGGGCAGACGCCUAGACUUUGAUUACAAGAAGAAAAGACAAGGCAAGGUCCCAGAUGACGAAGUCCGCCAAGCACUAGACAAGUUUGAUGAGUCCAAAGAGAUUGCUGAAUCCAGCAUGUUUAAUCUGCUGGAGAUGGAUGUUGAACAAGUGAGCCAGCUUUGUGCACUAGUACAAGCCCAGCUGGAAUACCACAGGCAAGCCUCAGAGAUUCUCCAACAAGUUAGUCUCAAGCUGGAAGAAAGAAUAAAAGAAACAUCGGUUCAGGCCAGAAGAGAAUAUCAGCCGAAGCCCCGUAUGACCCUGGAAUUAAGUGACAAUAAUCAGCACAAUGGAGGGCUCUCUAAUGCUACCACUCCUAGGCCUUCAGGUGGCGUGGCUAUGGAUCAGCCGUGUUGUCGAGCUCUGUAUGACUUUGACCCUGAAAAUGAAGGAGAGCUCGGUUUUAAAGAAGGCGAUGUCAUCACCCUCACUAACCAGAUUGAUGAUAACUGGUACGAAGGCAUGAUUCAUGGGCAGUCUGGCUUCUUCCCCAUCAAUUAUGUGGAAAUUCUUGUUCCUUUGCCUCAUUAGGGUAGCCCAUCCAUCCUGUCAAAAUUACUGUUUCUCCUAAAUAAUAAUAUUUUAAAAAAAGUAAUUUGUUGGUACCACUGCUUUUGAAAAAAAUUAAGAAAAUCAAUAAAUGAAAUGGCUGCUUAUUCCACAUCACAACUGUAAACUGCAUUGGCCCCACGGAUAAUAUUUGAUUUUUUGUGUCACCCUGCUGCAGAGUAGUGAUGUGUGAUAUUUUCUUAAGGCCGGACACGUGGGAUGUCCAGGUUACUACAGAGAUGUCUUUGCACUGUUGGGAUGAGAGGAUGUGCCAAUUAAUGGUGCAGGUCUUAGUAUUAUGGAAAGAAAGCAGCUGAGUGAUUGGGUAAGAUAAAGCAUAUUGACAUUAUAUCAUUAUUUUCUUCUCUUUCUACAAAGAAGAGGAAGGGGGGGAAACCACGUCCUUGGACAUUCCAUCUUUCCCUAUCCAAACAGCGGGGACACAUCAGCCACUCACUGCGCUGUAUUUGCUAUAUUCCAGGUGUGGCAGAAGGUAUCUAAGGAAUCUAUUAGUAGAUUUUGUAUGUGUGGACAAUUGUGUUUUAAUUCACAAUUGUUUAACACUAGCAACAACAACAGCAAAAUUCUGCCUAAAAUUGCUGACGUGAGGAGAAUUAAGGGUACCCAGCUGUCAUUUUAAAGUGAAAGGGUCCUACCGACUGCUAGUGCUCAGAACAAAUUCUUUUGCUUAGUGUGCUCAGAGGCUCCUUGUUUUUUUUUUUUUUUAAAUCUAAAUGUAUUUAGCUCUUACCUGGCUCUGGUUGGUGAAUCUGGGGUUCUAGUUAAAAUAAUAAUAAUAAUAAUGCUAAACUUUUUAGUCUGCCAGCCCCAUUUUAGAUUGUUAAUUCAAGAGCUGUUCAAUAUCCAGGUUACUUAAAGGCUUUUUAAUAGCAUCCAAAAGUUAAAGCAGGGAAGAUUAACUUUGGACGUUAGCCUAUGUGCUUGCUUAGAAAACUUAAAUAUUAAAAGCACAAUGCCAGCAGAAGUCACAAUCAUACUUGGAGAAAACAUUUUAAAAACAACAUUCAACUCCUUUUACUUUGUGUAAAAUCUAGGCAUAAGAAGCAUAAUUUUAAAACGUCAUGAGCCCUUUAUAUAUUUACUAAUAAUAAUAAGCAACGUACACCAUGUAGUUUUAUUUUCAUCUACCUUGUGUUCUUUGAACAUCAUUUGUGUAUAUUCUGCCCUCAGUGAGGACUAAAUAAUAACAGAUUUUUGUGUGUAUGUGUGCUUAGGAAUUAUAGUGACACAUAGUUACAUACACAAACACAUUUCAAUUAUUUUUCUCUCCAUGCUGUCCUCUAUGCAUUUAUGUACCACUUCCUCCAGUUGGGGUGUAAAAUGGUGUCUAGCUGGUUUAUUGUUGUUUCAUUUGAAUUACCCAGAAUUCUGUUUCUCUAUAUAAAUCUGUAUAUAAACCUUGUGCUGCUUCAGAUGUGCCACUUCAGUAUUGGACCAUGUGAAAUGAAGGCAGUCCUUUUGCUUUUCAUGUAUAAACUAUACCAUGAACAGUGUUGCUCUUUCAAAUAAAAAUGCUGAUUGACAAGCCA